AUGUCUGACUUCAAGGGAAAGCUUGCCAUUGUUACCGGUGCCUCCAAGUUGAACGGCAUUGGUUAUGCUACCGCUCUUCUUUUCGCCAAGGGCGGCGCGGACAUUGUCGUCACUUACAACUCCAACCAAGCCGCUGUCCAGGAAGUUGUCAACAAGCUCAAGGAGCAAGGUGUCAAGGCCAUCGCUAUUCAAGGCAACGCCAGCUCUCGAACAUUUGGCGAUGACAUUGUCAAGGCCACUGUCGCCGAGUUCCCCGGCCGCAAGAUUGACAUCAUCGUCAACAACGCCGGCCACGCUACUUUCCCCGGAACUGUUGCCGACUCACCCAUCGAAGAAUUUGACGCCCUCUUCCACCCCAACGUUCUGGGCCCUCACCUGCUCAUCAAGGCUGCCCUGCCUCACAUCUCAUCGCCUGGAGGUCGUAUCGUCAACAUCGGUACUGUCGUUGCUCGUACUGGAACCAACGUUGCUGCUUUCUACGCUGCUAGCAAGGCAGCGCUCAACACUCUUACUCUGGCGUGGGCUGAAGAGCUUGGCGAAAAGGGCAUCACAGUCAAUGUUGUUGCUCCCGGCCCUACUGCCACCGACUAUGCUCCUCCAGAGGACUUUGACCUGACCCGCAAAUUCCGUGCUCAGCAGUACAUCAAGCGAAACGGAACCCCAGAGGAGGUUGCCAGUGCUAUUGUGUAUGCGGCCAGCGCGGGAGCGAGCUUCCUGUCUGGCCAGGUUAUCGGCCUAGAUGGUGGUUUGAGCUACGUUUAG